AUGCUAGACGGAGAUAUACGCGAUAGAGAUCCAACUGCAAUCAAUGUGAUGCAAAUUGUCAUUGGGUCAAGAGCAGUACGAUUUCACACUCUCUUCCUGAAGAGCCUGAUUUUCCACCACUUUGAAAUAGUCGGAAUGGCGGCAGCACCAAUUCACCUUCGUCUUCUAACAGAUGACUCAACGAGGCGUAUCCUUGAGGGAGUUCUCGGCAGUUGGCGGAUCAAUGAUCUUCGGUACACUUUUUAUCCUGCUGAGCCAUACAAGGUUAUACUCUUCGACACUGCUUGCCUUUUUAUGACUGACAUUGAGAAUUUAUGGAAUUACUUUUAUCUCUUCAAACCCUUCCAGUUUCUGGGGGUAGCACCAGAGGCCAUGGAAAACGAUUUUGAUUUGAGAAGAUUUGGUGGUAAGCGCCAUGACUUCAGAUAUAACGACGGUUUGUCGAUGUGGUACCUCCAACGUUUGACCAUGGCGAAAUGGAACAAGAUUUGGCAACCUUCUUAUCACCGAGCUCUAAAGAUGCCCAAGGUACUAGGAGAAGCAGAGCAGGUAGAGUAUUUUCAGCUAUUCAUGAUGACUCUUAUUGUUUGA